CCUGCGCGCAGCCCCGCGACUUCUGCUCUGCUGCCUCUGCGCCUCCGCGCAGCCAUGCCGUCCUACUCGGUGACGGUGGCGACGGGCAGCCAGUGGUUCGCGGGCACCGACGACUACGUCUACCUGAGCCUGGUGGGCUCGGGCGGCACGAGCGAGAGGCACCUGCUCGACAAGCCCUUCUACGAUGACUUCGAGCGCGGCGCGAUUGAUACUUACGAUGUGACAGUAACUGAAGACCUGGGGGAGAUCCAGCUGAUAAAAAUUGAGAAACGGAAGUACUGGUUUCCUGAUGACUGGUACUUGAAGUAUGUCACCGUGAAAACACCCAUGGGUGACUACUUAGAGUUCCCUUGCUACAGAUGGAUUACAGAUGACAAAGAGGUGGUACUCCGAGACGGGCGAGCCAAGCUUUCUGGGGAUGACAAGACUCAGGUCCUUAAGCAUCACAGGCGCAAAGAGCUGGAGGAUCGUCAGAAGAUGUAUCGGUGGGCAGAAUGGCACCCAGGCUUUCCCCUGAACAUAGAUGCCAAAUCUCACAAGGAAUUGCCUCGAAACAUCCAGUUUGACAGCGAGAAAGGAGUCGACUUCGUUCUGAAUUAUACUAAAGCGAUGGAAAAUCUCUAUGUGAAUCGUUUCAUGCAUAUGUUCCAAUCUUCCUGGAGUGACUUUGCAGAUUUUGAGAAGAUCUUUGUCAGAAUAAGCAAUACAAUUUCUGAGUAUGUGAUGCAGCACUGGCAAGAAGAUUUUAUGUUUGGAUACCAGUUCCUGAACGGGUGCAAUCCUGUAUUGAUCCAAAAGUGCACAGAGUUACCAAAGAAAUUUCCCGUGACUACAGAAAUGGUAGAAUGCAGUUUGGAGAGAAAUAUGACUCUGGAAGAGGAAAUAAAGCAAGGGAAUAUUUUCAUAGUGGAUUAUGAACUUCUGGAUGGUGUUGAAGGCAAUAAGACUGACCCCUGCACUGUGCAAUAUCUGUCUGCUCCAGUCUGCUUAUUAUAUAAGAAUUUAGCGAAGAAGAUUGUCCCUAUUGCAAUCCAGAUAAAACAAGCUCCUGAGCCAGGGAAUCCUAUUUUCCUGCCCUCAGAUGCAAAGUAUGACUGGUUAUUGGCCAAAAUUUGGGUACGUUCUUCUGAUUUCCACAUACAUCAGACUGUUACUCAUCUCCUUCGGACUCACUUAAUUUCUGAAGUGUUUGGAGUGGCCUUGUUCCGGCAACUACCUUCUGUCCAUCCUCUCUUUAAGCUCUUGGUAUCCCAUGUGCGGUUUACAAUAGCCAUCAACACAAAAGCCCGAGAACAGCUUAUCUGUGAAUAUGGCCUUUUUGACAAGGCCAAUGCCACUGGAGGAGGAGGGCUUGCGCAGAUACUCCAGCGAGCGAUGAAGCACCUCACCUACAGUUCCCUGUGCUUCCCCGAAGAAAUUAAGGCAAGAGGCAUGGAAAGCACGGAGGAAAUUCCAUACUACUUUUAUCGGGAUGAUGGCAUCAAAGUGUGGGAAGCCAUACAGAGCUUUGUGACAGAUGUUGUUGACAUCUAUUAUGAUAGCGAAGAGAUGGUUUGUGAAGACGUAGAACUCCAGGCCUUUGUGAAAGACGUCUAUGUUUAUGGGUUGAGAGGAACCAAGGCUUCAGGAUUUCCUAAGACAAUAAAGACACGCCAGAAGCUGUCAGAAUAUCUCACCGUCGUGAUCUUUACAGCAUCUGCACAACACGCAGCAGUAAAUUUUGGUCAGUACGACUGGUGUUCCUGGAUUCCUAACGCCCCUCCAACGAUGCGUCGCCCACCACCUACAGAAAAGGGGAGUGUCACCAUUGAGUAUAUUGUUGAGAGUUUACCGGACAGAGGGCGCUCCUGUUGGCAUCUUGGUGCUGUUUGGGCCUUGAGUCAGUUUCAAGAGAACGAAGUGUUUCUGGGGAUGUAUCCAGAUGAACACUUCAUAGAGAAGCCAGUGAAAGAGGCCAUGAGGAAAUUCCGCAAGAAUCUUGAUGAAAUUACCAGCUGCAUUGCUGAGCGCAACAGGAACAAAAAACUCCCCUACUAUUAUCUUUCCCCAGAUCAAAUACCUAACAGUGUGGCUGUUUGAAUUAGCCUUUUCGAAGACAUGGAAAGGCAGUGAGCUGGAGUGACAAUCAUGGCAAAUUAUCUACAAGCAAAUCAGCUGCCUUCAAACCAAAUUGGGUCUUAAUUUGUCGUAGAUACUAUUGUAGUUUAAGUUUUCUUUGAAUAUCUAUCCCUCAUAUAUAAUUAGCUGAUACCGUGUUACUGUUCGAUAAUAAUUUUUAUAAUUAUCAGGAAAUACAAAACCGUAAGGAACAUUUUUUACCUUAAAACAGAACCUUUACCAAUGGAGAAACUCUAUUCCACAUACAGUGGUACCUCGCAAGAUGAAUGCCUCGCGCAACGAAAAACUCGCAAGACGAAAGCGUUUUGCGAUCUUUUUGUUGACUCGCAAGAUGAAUGUUUCUAUGGCUGUGCUUCGCAAGACGAUUUUCUUUUGCCUUUUUUUUGCUGGGUGACCUUGGGCUAGUCACACUUCUCAGAAGUCUCUCAGCCCCACUCACCUCACAGAGUGUUUGUUGUGGGGGAGGAAGGGAAAGGAGAUUGUUAGCCGCUUUGGGACUUCUUAGGGUAGUGAUAAAGCGGGAUAUCAAAUCCAAACUCCUCCUCUUCUUCUUCUGGCCCAAUGAGUACUGCACCCACAGGCCCUGCCACUCAUGCCAGCUGGGGCAGAAGGGCCAGGCAAAAGCCUGGAGCUGGCCUAGCAAUGGGAUCCAAUGCUAUCCAGGGGUGGGUCCUGAACUGGAUCAGCACCCCCCAUGCCCUAUUUUUGGGCUGCCUGUGUGCUGCUGUCACUGGCAGAAAGCCUACUACUGGUGGUUACUGCCUCCUGCCCACACUUUUGAGCUGGUGGAACAGAGCUUUAUGUCAGUGGCGUAAUGCGAAUGUCUAUCUGCGGGCAGAGGCUGGUGGAGGGAGACAUGGCGGAUUAGGAGCUUGAAUCUGAAUUUAUCUGCGGGCAGAGGCUGGUGGAGGGAGACAUGGCGGAUUAGGAGCUUGAAUCUGAAUUUAAUUAUUCUGCUGGAAACCCACUAAUUUUAGUUGACAUACUGUUGUAUAAUGCAACAGUGAUACGAAGUUUGGAUCUUUACGAAGUGCAUAGAUUUAGUUAGUGCAUUGCACUUUGCCUGCAUGUCUUCUCGGAAGUAGAAUCCAUCAAGCUCAAUUGAUUUUAUUCCAAAGUAAAUUUACAUAGGAUUGCAGUCUAAAUUGUUUUACAUGAAAAUUAUGCAGGGUUUUGAUAAGAGUGCAAGAUGAGCACCACUUCCUAUUAUUCAGAUAAAUAACUAAAAGCUCAUCAGUUUUCUGUUCACCACAGUGACUACAUAGUACUGACUGCAAGAAUCAAAAGAACUUUAGCUUGUUCAACGACUUCCUCUUCCAAGACAUCAUAGUUUCAGUUCCACAAUUGUUAAUAAGAUCACUAAUCUAUUUCAAGCGUUCUUUAGCAGGUCUCAAUUCCAUUGCAAUCUUGUUCAGAUUCAUUUUUAUCACAAUUAAAUUAUCCUCUUUUUCAAAAUUUGAGUAAUUCCCCCCCCAACCCAGUUGUUCAAUAAUAAUAAUAAUAAUAAUAAUAAUAAUAAUAAUAAUUAAUUGUACACCGCCCAUCUGGCUGGGUCUCCCCAGCCACUCUGGGCAGCUUUCCAACAAAGAUUAAAAAUAUAGUAUACUAGCUGGCCCGGCCACGUUUUGCUGUGGCUCAUCCCUGUGAUUCCCCCUAACCCUGUCCCGAUCCAUGACGUAUCCCACCCCCUCCACCCCAACCCCCACCCAGGCGAGUCCCCACUUCCAUUCGGCCUAGUCUGUAAAGGUGAGCCAAGGUUUUCUAGCUGCAGUACCAGUGUAGCCGCCGCUAGAGGGCGAAGGUUUUCUAGCUGCAGUACCAGUGUAGCCACCACUAGAGGGCGAUGUUUUGUAACCUGGUUCUUUUCCCAGCAGGCUCAACAGGGUCUCCUGGCUUACUUUUUAGGUCCUAAAAACAGGGUUUUAGCUUGCACAGGUGUGCCACUUGUAUACCCCAUAUAGCUAGGAACACUCGCAUAGUGGCAUGUGACGUUGUGUCCAAAUUUCAUCGCUAUCGCUCAAGCGAUUUUGGUGAAAAGUGGAAACCAACAGACGUGCCCAGUUUACAUAUAUAUAUAUAUAUAAUAACACUGAGAUUUCAAUAUUUCACCAGGUGCUUCAUGCUUCCUUUGCUAUCAGUAGAACACAGUCCUUCACAGACAGACCAUGGUAAGGAAGGCAUUAGUAUUUUCUUUGACCAGCACUGGAUCUCCUAUUUUGGUAUGGGAACGCAGGCAAACAGGCAAAAUGUAAUGUAGUAAACCAACAUUUAUGCACUUUCGGCCUAAAACCACAUCCCUUCAAGUGCAGCAAAGGAAGGCAAACCCAGCCCUCAUGUUCCCCAGAAGCUGUGCAGCCGAGAAGAGCUCUAAGCAGCUCUUCAACAGAACAAGGGCAAUUGUGGUGGGAGCUGGUUGGUUAAAGUCCUUGAAGAGAAAGAUUCUUCCUCUAUUUUGAAUUUCAACAGAAUAGUUGUCUGAAAAUAGUGAUGAGCUCAGCAUGUUUCCAAGGCCACAUUUCAAUCCUUAUUCACCCCCCCCCCCGAUAUUUUAUGCUUGAUAUUGUUACGGCUUAAGGUGUUUUUAAAAACAGUAAAGUGGUUUCUAAAUGAUAUUAAAUAAACAGCAUUUUAU